CCUCCCUCUAUAUUAUUGUGAAUAUUCUUUUUAUCAUUCCUUAUCUAAUUAGGACUAGUCAGGAUCCCUAUAAAUACUACUUUGCAUAACCAACCUAAACUAUUCAAUAUCAAUAAUCUUCCCAAUCUUUUAGACAGUAGCGACUGCCUUCCUCCUUGCGCCAUUUCUCUAUCUAUCUAUAAUAUAAUAUAUGGCUUCUCAUAUAUAUACUAUGCCAUGCAUUGCAACUUUAUCAUGUUUGCUUCUGCUGCUCUCCUCAUUCUCGCAAUGCCAAGCGCAGCUGUCCCCUACAUUUUACGACAAGACAUGCCCUAAUGCUCUAAACAUCAUUCGCACUGCCGUAAGGCAAGCAAUUUCUCGUGAGCGCCGCAUGGCUGCUUCUCUGGUUCGUCUCCAUUUCCAUGAUUGUUUUGUUCAGGGUUGCGAUGCUUCCAUCUUACUGGACGAGUCACCAACCAUUGAGAGUGAAAAGAUGGCGUUGCCAAACCUCGCCUCUGCGAGGGGUUUUGACGUGAUAGAGUCUGCCAAGCUCGAGUUGGAGAAAGCUUGUCCCGGUAUUGUAUCUUGUGCUGAUGUGUUGACGGUGGCUGCACGUGAUGCCACUGCUGCUGUGGGAGGUCCGUCUUGGACGGUGAAGCUGGGAAGAAGAGAUUCAACCACAGCUAGUCGUAUCAUCGAUCUCCCCAGCCCUUUUGCCAAUUUGGAUACACUUAUAUCAAGCUUUGCAAGCAAAGGCCUUAAUACAAGAGACAUGGUUGCCUUGUCUGGUGCACACACUCUCGGCCAAGCUCAGUGUUUUCUAUUUCGCAAUAGAAUUUAUGGCAACCGUACUGAUAUUGAUGCCGGUUUUGCUAACACUAGAAGACGCCGAUGUCCUAAAGACACUGGAAAUGGAAAUUUGGCACCGCUUGAUUUAGUCACCCCAAACUCCUUUGAUAACAACUAUUACAAGAACCUGUUGCAAAAGAAAGGUUUGCUUCAAUCGGAUCAAGUUCUAUUCAAUGGUGGAGCUACGGACAACUUAGUUUUAGAGUAUGCAAGGAGCCCACAUGCAUUCCAAGCAGAUUUCGCAUUAGCUAUGAUUAAAAUGUCUGAAAUUCAGCCACUCACGGGUCAAAAUGGUAUCAUUAGGAAGCUCUGCAGUGCUUUGAACUAGCUUCAUUUCUUCAAUUUGUUGUGCUUUGAUCAUUAGGAAGGUCUGUGGGGCUCAAAAUGCAUGUAAUAAUUUGUUGUACUAAUUUUCAUUAUAUAUGAAAUGUAAG